AUGAAAAUCAUAUUUUCUUUGAUAGCUCUUGCGAUAUUGAUUUUCUUUAGGUCAGCAUGUGGAAGUGCUGUACCCGUUCAAGCUAUGGCGCGCACUGACGAGGUGAAUAGUUCGUAUAUCUCAACCCAAGUCAGUCCAGAUAUUCAAACCUGUAUCAUACCAUUGCCCUUCACGUUGCUCGAAGGAGGAAUUACCAACAUAGAGACUGGCGAGGUCACAUCGAUAUCCUUGAGCCCCAUUGCAGAAGGCGUUCCUGAAUUGAGGUCCCUUGAUACAAGUUCGGCCGGUAGCUCGCUCGAGAGGAGACUGGGACAACUCGCUCUUACUUGCUAUAAUGAGGGCACACCGGUUAAUCGUGGUGCUCUCACAACAGUCAUUGACUAUUGGUGCAGCAACUAUAUGAUUGGAAGAACUGUAUCACCUGGAAAUGAAUACUGGUCUCGAUUCUACACGGACCAAGGCUCCGUCCUCGUUUCACUCAACAUGUUUACUCCUUCUCCGUCUGUCACCCAGAUUAUAUUACUUGCCAGUUGA